UCUAAACCGGAAGUGAACGUUUGCAUGUGGAACCGCCCUACACCUGACGUCUUUUUCAUUUAUGAAGAGCAGCUAGAGUGGAUUGUGUGUGCCAGUUGAACGAAUAUUUGUCUUGGACGACAGGUAACAGCUCAUUAUGAGUACUGCUUCUUUGUGCAAGUUGAGUGGUGCUGGACUUGAGGGUGGACUUCAGGGAACUCAUUGUGAGUUCAAUGUGGAGAUGCCUGUUAGAGAAAUGCAGCCAGCAGGUGGUAGUGAGCUUUCCAUGCAUAUUCGAGGACCAUCCAAGGCAGUGAUCAGCAGCAGACCUAUUCCAAAUGGCUACACUGUUGACUACUUUCCUUCUGAACCAGGAGAGUAUAUUCUCACUGUGUUAUGUGACAAUGACCAUGUCCCAAGUAGUCCGUUUACAGUACAGGUGAAGAGUAAUCCAGAGUACAAACCAGUCGGAAACCAUUUGAAGUGCUCUGCUACUGGGCCUGGUAUGAAGGGUGGAAUUGUUGGCAAGGCAUGCCUAUUCUCUGUUGAUGUUAAGGAUGCUGGGCAGGGAAAACUGGCACUGGCAUUGACUGGACCAUCAAAGACUGAGUUGACUAGAAGUGACAGCUCGUCGGGGUAUGAGUACCAGUUUGUACCUAAAGUAGCUGGAGAAUACACAUUGAAGAUAGCGUUUUCAGACAAAGAUAUUCCUGGAAGUCCAUUCCUCAUACACAUCAGUGAAACUGAACAAGAAUUGAAUCAACAGCAACCAUCUGCCAAUUUGAAUCGUAAUCAAGGAGGAGCUGCUGUUCAGAUUGGUGUGGGUAGUGGUGGAGAUCCUUCAAAAUGCAAAGCGUAUGGUGAUGGCUUGUAUAAAAGUGUUGCCCUAAAGCCAACAACAUUCUAUGUUAAUUGUCGCGAGGCUGGUGGGGGAGGAAAGCUUCAUAUUCGAAUGACUGGCCCUUCUAAAACUGAUUUGGUUGAAGUUGAGAAAGGAUCUGGCUUUCAGUAUACGACUAAAGCGCCUGGUACGUAUGAGCUAGUUCUUCUGUUUAAUGAAGUGCACAUACCAGGAUCACCAUUCACUGUCAUCGUCAGUGAAGACCCCAACCAUCGAGGACCAUACAGCUUUCCCAACAAAGUCAAAGUUCAUGGAGGUGGACUCAGGGCAGGACGACCCAGUGCCUCAAGCACAUUUUACGUUGAUUUGGCUGAUGCAGGUGCUGGCACUUUAAGUGUCGAAAUCCAAGGUCCUGAAGAAGCUCCUAUUCAAUUAGGAAAACAUGACAACGGACAGACUGUUGUGAGCUACGUGCCACCUGUUCCAGGAGAAUACGUAAUUGCGGUCAAAUUUUCUAAUCAGGACAUUAGUGGCUCACCCUUCACCGUGUCUGUCCAGUAAGUCCUUACCCACAGACAGUAGUGAUAGCAUAAUUUUCAAGCUUUGGCAAAUACAAGGUUGAUAAAAUUGUGUUUUUUUAAAUUAAUGCAUUGUUGUAAGGUAUUUCAAGAAAAUGGGUAGAAAAUAAGUAGCAAUUUGUUACUGAAGUUUCAUGCAU